AUGAGGAGGCGGGGGCCCCUGCAGGUGGAGAGGAUCCCCGGGGGCCCCCCCCCCCGCCCUGCUGGGGGCACUGGGCGUGGCGUGUGCACUGCUCCUGCACUGGCGGCCGCGUGCGCCGCGUGGAGGAGGACGCGCGAGGAGAGCGAAGAGCGGGAGCUGACGGGAAUCUACCACAACAACUACGACGGCGCGCUCAACAUGUCAAAUGGCUUCCCCGUGUUCGCCACCGUCAUCCUCGCCAAUCACAUCACGUGCCGCGACGACAAGGUGGCCACCGAGAUGCUCACGGACGAGGACGUGCGGGCCAUCGUUGCGCUGAGCCGCGACGAGAGGAUCGCGGAGAGGGUAUUUGCCAGCGUGGGGCCGUCCAUCUAUGGGCAUGAGGACAUCAAGCGCGCCAUCGCCCUCGCCAUGUUCGGGGGCGUACCCAAGAACCCAGGCGGCAAGCACAAGGUGCGCGGGGACAUCAACGUGCUGCUGUGCGGGGACCCAGGCACCGCCAAGUCCCAGUUCCUCAAGUUCGUGGAGAAGGCCGCGAGCCGCGUGGUGUUCACCACGGGCCAGGGUGCCUCCGCCGUGGGCCUCACGGCCUACGUGCAGCGCAACCCCGUGAGCCGCGAGUGGACGCUGGAGGCCGGCGCCCUUGUGCUGGCUGACCGGGGAGUGUGUCUCAUUGACGAGUUCGAUAAGAUGACAGAUCAGGACCGCACGAGCAUCCACGAGGCCAUGGAGCAGCAGAGCAUCUCAAUCAGCAAGGCCGGCAUCGUCACCUCGCUGCAGGCGCGCUGCACCAUCAUCGCCGCUGCCAACCCCAUCGGAGGGCGCUACGACCCCUCGCUGACCUUUUCGGAGAACGUUGACCUCACGGAGCCCAUCCUGUCUCGCUUCGACAUCCUGUGUGUGGUGCGCGACACCGUUGACCCCGUGCAGGACGAGAUGCUGGCGCGCUUCGUGGUUUCCAGCCACGUGCGGCACCACCCCGGCGGACCCGAGCGCCGCGGCGAGGAGGCCACCGGUGCCGGGCCGGCGCCGAUGCCCAACUCGUACGGUGUGGAGCCCAUCCCGCAGGAGCUGCUGCGCAAGUACGUGACCUACAGCAAGGAGAAGGUGCGCCCCAAGCUCAACCAGAUGGACCAGGACAAGGUGGCGCGCAUGUACAGCGAACUGCGCAAGGAGUCCAUGGCGACGGGUAGCAUUCCCAUCACGGUGCGGCACAUCGAGUCGAUGAUCCGGCUGGCAGAGGCGCAUGCGCGCCUGCACCUGCGCGACUUUGUGCUGGAGGAGGACGUGAACAUGGCGAUCCGCGUCGUGCUCGACAGCUUCAUCGACACGCAGAAGUUCAGCGUCAUGCGCAGCAUGCGCAAGACAUUCUCACGGUACCUGUCGUUCCGUCGGGACAACAAUGAGCUGCUGCUCUUCAUCCUGAAGCAGCUCGUGUCCGAGCAGCUGAGCUACCAGCGCAGCCGCUACGGCGCCACCGGGGUCGCCGGGGUCCGGCACGAGCGCGUCGAGGUGCCCGAGAAGGACCUCGCCGACCGGGCGAGGCAAAUCAGCAUCCACAGCCUCUCUGCGUUCUAUGACAGCGACGUCUUCAAGAACAACCUCUUCUCUGUUGACCCGAGGCGCAAGCUCAUCAUCCAGCCACUCUGAGUGACACGGAGGGGACACGGAGGGGACACUGGGGGUGGGGGGGGGGGACACGGGGAACAGAGGGGUCCAUGGUGUCCUGCGGACGAGGGACACGGGCCAGACACGGGGAUCACUGUGUUUGCUGUGUGGCUGUCGUAUUUUAAAUUGAACAACUGCACAAUCAUAAGUGGAUGUUAAAUACAUGUCCGGGAGCCAGAGUCUCCUCUGGAAAACUACGUUUGCGAAAAUUCUCAGCACAGUAGAGUUUGAGAAAUUCCAAUCAACGCUCCCUUGGCGAAUGGGCGCAGUGUUACUACGGGGUUAAGAGGGCACGGGACGCGUGUAUUUGUGUGUGGCGGCUGCUGCUGCGGCGCUGGAGUUGUGUGUCGACGUCGCGAGGUUGAGAUAAAGCUGCGUUUUCUCAA